AUGCCAAUUCGUGGAGAAUGCCAAACGCUUUGUCCGUUGAAAGAAAAGGUGGAACGGAGUCGAACCCAUGAACUCAGUCGCUUUGAGUGUCCAACUGCAGAUUUUCAAGGACUCGAAGCGAUCAAAAAAUAUCGUCGAGCUGCUGCAGGUCGUGAUGUUGGGGAUGCAUCUGAAUUGAGACCAGCGUCCGUACUCUUGCGUACAUUGCGUCACUUGUUUACGACAGUACUAUCGUGGCCUCAGAGUGGCUUUGAUGGUCAUGAACCUGCUCGAUCGGAUGAGUUUCUAGCAGUCUAUCACUUUGUUAAUGAUCGUAUACGUAGUGUCCGACAAGAUUUUACAGUACAGCGAAUUGAGGACGCGUCAUUAGUGACGGCACUGCAACAGAUAUCACGGUUCCAUUUGUUGGCAAGAUUGCGUUCAAUGCAGCUACUAAAAGCACAAGAAUGGAGUGACAAGCUGAAUGAUGAACAAUUGACAUCAGCUCUUUCACAACUACAGGUGCUGUAUAAAGUGCACGGGUUUGUACCAGAGCAUGAGGAUGUUCCAGAAUUGAAGGAGACAGGGGCGUUUGUGGCGUACAACUUGCUGCUGCAUGCGGACAAUCCUCAAAACGUGGCUUGGAUGGUACGCAAGUGUUCACUGAAACUACGUGCCAUGCCAAUGGUGCAACGAGCUCUACGAACAUUUGUGGCGUUGCAGACGGAUGACUUCGCUGCGUUUUUCACCGAGUUGAAUGCCAUGACGUUGCUGGAACGAGCUGCAUCGCUGCAUCAUCUUGAAAAAGUUUGGACGCGUAGUUUGCGCAUGAUAAACAAAAGCUUUGGCAAACAGGAUCGCUUUCCACUGGAAGACCUUGCACGUUGGAUGAACCUGGUGGAUCGACACAGUGAACACGAGGGUAGCGAACUUGCCGAGAGACUUUGCAACGCCUUGAACAUCCAGACGCAGCGCCAUCGACCACCACCAUUACCAACUCGAAGUGAUACUGGUACUGUAGCCGAGUCUUGGGAACAAGUCGAUGAUGGUCUUGCUGAUCAAGUUGUAUCGCUGUCAGUGACAAAACCAUCUUCGCUCGGGUUUGCUCAAUUCAAACUCGCACCACUGUAUGACCAGCUCGAUUCGGAUGCGGCGAGACUGCUACUUCGCGGCGUUGCUCUUCGAAUUGAGAACAAUUCUGCUGAUAAAAACGCCCUAGUGACGACGACAGAGCUAAUCAUGGGGACAGCACAAGACAUUGGUGCACAUUGUUAG